GGAAAGAUGCGUCACGGGAAGUUGGGGGUUAGAUGACGUUUGUGGAGUUGGUGUAGCACUCGGCGAAAAAAACAGCUGCUGCGAGUUUGGUUGAAGCCUUGAAGGUUGGAGUGGAGAUAACGGUGACAGUUGGAUUGUUUUGGGGGGAAACCCACCAACAGUGGAAAGUCACAUUCAUAAUAACAAAUUGGCAGCUGAUUAACCGCCAAAAUGGUUUUAGCUGAUCUAGGGAGGAAAAUUACCUCAGCCUUGAGGUCUCUCAGCAAUGCCACCAUCAUCAAUGAGGAGGUAUUAAAUGCUAUGCUCAAAGAAGUCUGUGCUGCCCUGCUGGAGGCUGAUGUGAAUAUCAAGCUGGUAAAGCAGCUUAGAGAAAAUGUCAAGGCAGCCAUUGAUCUAGAGGAGAUGGCCUCCGGUCCUGAACAAGAGAAGAAUGAUCAACAUGCCGUUUUCAAGGAACUUGUCAAGCUGGUGGAUCCUGGAGUGAAAGCUUGGACUCCGACAAAAGGAAAGAACAACGUAAUCAUGUUUGUGGGUCUGCAGGGCAGUGGGAAAACCACAACAUGUUCUAAGUUGGCAUACUACUUCCAAAGAAAAGGAUGGAAAACAUGUUUGAUUUGUGCUGACACAUUCAGAGCAGGUGCCUUUGACCAACUCAAGCAAAAUGCAACAAAAGCCAGAAUACCCUUUUAUGGCAGUUACACAGAAAUGGAUCCAGUGAUCAUAGCUGCAGAAGGUGUGGAAAAAUUCAAGACAGAAAACUUUGAAAUAAUCAUCGUGGACACAAGUGGUAGACAUAAACAGGAAGACUCACUUUUUGAAGAAAUGCUUCAGGUGUCAAAUGCUGUGCAACCUGACAAUAUAGUGUACGUGAUGGACGCUUCCAUUGGUCAGGCUUGCGAGGCUCAAGCUAAGGCCUUUAAAGACAAGGUAGAUGUGGCUUCUGUUAUUGUCACCAAACUGGAUGGCCAUGCCAAGGGUGGUGGUGCGCUCAGUGCUGUGGCUGCCACAAAGAGUCCCAUCAUUUUUAUCGGCACAGGCGAGCACAUUGAUGACUUUGAGCCUUUCAAAACUCAGCCCUUCAUAAGCAAACUACUUGGUAUGGGAGACAUUGAGGGACUGAUUGACAAAGUGAAUGAACUAAAGCUUGAUGACAACGAGGAGCUAAUUGACAAGCUCAAACACGGUCAGUUUACACUCAGGGACAUGUAUGAACAGUUUCAGAACAUCAUGAAGAUGGGACCCUUCGGUCAGAUCAUGGGCAUGAUCCCAGGUUUUGGAACCGAUUUCAUGAGCAAAGGAAAUGAGCAGGAGUCUAUGGCCAGACUAAAGAAACUCAUGACAAUAAUGGAUAGUAUGAAUGACCAGGAACUGGACAACAAAGAUGGCGCCAAGCUCUUCAGCAAACAGCCGAACCGCAUCCAGCGAGUGGCCCGGGGGUCUGGAGUGGCCACCAGGGAUGUACAAGAGUUGCUCACCCAGUACACAAAGUUUGCCCAGAUGGUCAAGAAGAUGGGAGGCAUUAAAGGCUUGUUCAAAGGAGGGGACAUGUCCAAGAACGUCAACCCAUCACAGAUGGCGAAACUGAACCAGCAGAUGGCUAAAAUGAUGGAUCCAAGAGUGCUUCAUCACAUGGGUGGCAUGGCCGGACUGCAGUCUAUGAUGAGGCAGUUUCAACAGGGAGCUGCUGGCAACAUGAAAGGCAUGAUGGGAUUUAACAACAUGUGAACCUGCAAAUAGAGGACACUAAAAGAAUCUGAUGGUUUUGGCAAGCAAAACCUGGGCCGAUGAAGAUGGUUUGAUUUGUAUGUCUUGUAUGCCACAAGUAAUUUAAUUCUUUAAAAGGUGUAAAACAUUAAACAGAGGUACAUUUACAUGUAAAGCCCAGUGUGUCUUCUCUGGAGCAGGAUUGAUAAUGGGGCACUGUUAGAAGAAAUUAUGCUUCAUGAGAUAAAGUCCAGCAACGUGCAAAAUGUCACGUGAGGUUGGAGAGUGAUCAGCUUGGCAAAUACACACACAGACGUCUGGAUCUGAGUGCUUUACGAUAUUGCCAGACUUGUCGACAGCUGAUUUCUUUCGGUUAUAUGAUUUUACCGUAAUUGCUAUGAUCGUCUUCAUAGCAAAAGAUAUUCAUAAGUAGAAAUCAUGGUUUAUUGUAUAAUUGAUUGUUUCUGAUUUAUUAAUUUGCCAUAGAGAAGCUCCAGCUUUGUAUCAGAGAUGAAUACAGUAGUUGCAAAAGAGUAUGUGGCAAUAUUUUGUCAUAAUAUUAUAAUAAAGUUUAUAUGGCAACAUUUUAA